ACAGAGUUCAAUCUCAUCAUUCACUUAAAGGUUUCUUUCGAAGGCAGCCUAGCUAUUUUGCCACGAAGCGGUUUGCAGGAAAAGUAAUAUUAGUAAAAAAUAUGAUGAAAUUAAUCUGAUACAAGAGUAGCUCGUUCUGGUCGGUCACACCAAAAACAAUGGACUCUUACUACAAUAGAAAGUCCGGCGGAUUGAGAGGGUUCGGUGGGGGCCGCAAAGCGUCGCUGGCGUCGUUCGGGCCGCUCUCGCCCGUGGCGGAAGACCGCGAGACGUUCACAUACGACGAGGCGAUCAUCGAUGCGCAGCUCGACAAAGCCCUUAGCGCCAUCGUCGUCGACGACGUCAACAGUCUCUUGGCCACGCUCUCGAACGGUCUUGACGUGACGUCAUUGUACGACAUCGUGUCGCACGCCUCUGUCCUGCCUGACGUGUCCCAGCUGAAGCCUGGCUGUGGACUCAGGACUUCUUUGGCCGUUGGUUUGAGGACUUCUGCUGGCGCUGGCGGUGGGUUGAGGACUUCUGCUGGCGCUGGCGGUGGGUUGAGGACUUCUGCUGGCGCUGGCGGUGGGUUGAGGACUUCUUCAGGAGGUGGUGGGCUGCGAACUUCAUCUUCAGCGUACAGCUUGGCGAGCAAUGCAGAUUCUCGCGACACCUUGAUGGAUUCUGGCGUUAGCGACGUGAUGUCUGUGAGUUACGCGUCCUUGUCGCGGGCGGUACGGGGCGAGGUCGCUGGCAGGACCACGUGCGCCCUGGGACCACUUGUGCGCGCGACGCUCCUGCACGUCGCAAGCGUACAUAACGCGCUCAAAUGUGCCAAGUUUCUUGUACAUCUCGGGGCCUCCCUGGACGGUCAGUAG